GGUGACAGUGGUGGUAGGGGGAUGUUUGGACCAGAUGAUUUGAAAGUCUUUUCCAACCUUAAUGAUUCUAUGACGCUAUAAUUCUAUGACUCUGACCUGGAGGUUCCGCUACUGGGACCUCCCUUGGUCACGCACAUGACUCCACAGAGGUGAUGGUCACUUGGUAUGAGGGAAGCUGGGGGUUUGCAGGGAAAGCGCCAGGGCAGAAUUGCUUUUAUUCCUGGUUCUGCAAGAAGCCUGCAGCUGUGGAUUGUGUGUCCCAGAGGAGAAGAAAUAAAGAUUGGAGUACCAUGUCACUUCUGCUGAUGCGCCAGCCUGGGAAGAACACUGGUUACACAGCAUACCAUCACUGCCUGCUGUGACAAACUUUUGGGUUAGUGUGAACACAAGGUAGUUGAUUAACAGAAGGGGUGGUUCACAGUGUCCUGUCUUGCACACCCAGACCACCCUUGAUUUGAAUGGUCAGAUCACUGAACCUUUAGGCAGCUUCCCUUCGAGAACAAGCACCUGGGGAUAUCAGCAACCUCUACCCACUAUCUUUGGGUGAGGUCCUUUCUCCUGUUACUGUUAAUUCAACAUAGAAAUAGGAAAGCCAUGGAAGAUGACUUUGCAUUCUACUCUGUGCUUGCUUUUCCAAGUAUUCAUCCAGCUGUGUGCCUAUCACAAAGUUUGUUGUUGUUUUUUUUUUUUUUGGAUACAAUUGCAUAUCGUGUCUACCUAAGUGGAAAGAACCAGUCUCACCUCAACUUUCUCUGAACAGGAUAAAGGUUGCUAACUGACUCAUUCGUUUCAACAAUGGCUGAGAAAGAAUGAAAAGGGUGGAUAGUUUUGUUAGCAAGUGGUGUCUUAAAUCACACCCAAACUUCAAAAGUAUAUCUGCACCAUCCUGAUGGCAAGCCCUCAGCUGGGAUUUCAAUAGUAGACAGCAAAAUAAGAAGGGCAGUUGUCAUACAGUAUGCCUCAGGGAAUGGCAGGCAUGUGGGAGGCAGUGCUCUGAGUCAAGCUAAGUGCACUCUCAAGGCAGACAGGAGUUCUUUUUGUACAAGCAAACAGACACAUAAAAAUUUAAAAAUUAGGAAUUGCCUAACGUGAUCGAUUAAUCUGCUAUCAGUGAUACCCUGAAUUUUCUGGUAUUCUUUUCUCACAACCACAACCAAAGGAAGUGGAUGAGAUUUUCCUUGAGAGCUAUCAGCUCUCAUUUGUCUCUGAAACUAUUGCCUCAACUAAACUGCAGUGAAAUUUUAACAAACAGACCUGCUCCCCCCAGCAAUUUAGGCUGCAUGAAGGUUCCUUCUACAGCAACUAAAUAAUUUAAAACUACUUUGGUACCUCUCCAUAGUUUCUAUACAGACUCUUAGAAUGACCUUCUCAGCAAUGCAUGCACCAUACUAACAUUCACCAUUUGGGUUGGCUUUUGUCUGCCACAAUUGUUCAUUUUCCUUAAGUUAGUGCCCACACUUCAAAUGACAGGUAGACAGAGAGGCAGAUGCUUUUUAGUAUGAUUCCAGACAGCGAUGCUAGUUGAACAAGCAAUAUUCUAGAAGGAAGUAUUUUGUACCUAUAUCUGCAGCAUUACUUAUAUAACUAAUACUUGUUCUCUUUUUCCUAUUCCACAUUAUUUUAAUGAGACUUCCUGAUCGAGCAAGAAUUUCUUGUAGUAAUAAGGUAUAAAAAGGCCAGGGAAUCUUUUGCGAUCGUUAUUGAGUCUUAUGUCCACAAAGCUGUUGCAAUCUCAUAAUUAAAACCUUUCUCUUUUGCCAAACCUACUUAGGGCGAGGUGUUGCAACACAAUGGCAGCAAUCACAAAUACAUCUGCUUUAUGGUAGAAUUUCCAGAAAAAAUACUCUUGUCCUCUAUUCACCAUUCAGAUACCAAAGUUCAUCUGAAAAAAUGUGAAUUAAAAUAUGGUUUAGUCUUUAUGCAAUCUGCAGUCAUUGGAACUUAAGUACUGCUUUCAGUUUGAUCAAUUUGAUUUUGCUGCUAUUGAAGUCAAAUGUUGCUUCACAACCAGUUGUUUGUUUUGCACUAAAGCUGCCUAGUGAUGACAGGAUAAGGAAGGAUAUGCCUUAAGGAAGGCUUUCUGAAAAGGCACAACUAAUAAAUGGACUUGCACUCCUUUGCUCGACUCUCCAGUAUCUUUGUAUCUAUCACACAUUGGCAUAAUGGGCUUCAAACAGCACAACUCCUUGAAGAGCAGAAUCAGAUGACAACAUCUUAAGAAAGCAUUUAUUUUUUUCUUUGAAUUUUACCAUCAGGUAAUAUCUAUCAAAAUUAUUGCAUGUAACUAAACAAACUUCAGUCCAGCUGCAGUAACAGAGCCUCUUUUUGAAUAUAGUGUUCCCGUGAGAUGCUGAGCUGCUUACAACCCCUUGUUUUCAUUAGGAAGGCACAGUCAGGCCUCCUGAACCUGUCCUCUGCUUUCAUCUACACACAAACUCAUCUGACCGCACUGAAAGCUGUGUUACACGUGUUGAGAGACAAGCCCUGUCGCCAGAAGCCUGUCUGGGCAGCUGAUGUAGAAGUCAGCAGAGCCAUUCCUGACAGGGUGCUGGCAAAGCAGGCAAGUCCUAAGCAGCCCUGUAGAGAUCAGCCAGCUCCUCUGAGUCAAAACCAUGACCCUGCUGAAGAUGCUCACAUUGGUUUAUGGGCGAAUAAAAAGCUUAGAAAAGCCUCCUUCAAAACAUAUUGUCAAAUGAAGCUGGUUACUAGAACUGAGACCAUUUCCUUAUUAUCCAUCAGAUUAAUCAAAACAAGAGGUGCAGGUUAGCUCUCCUACCAUUGUCAACAGCCUAACUGCUCAAGCAGAGAGCAUGCAUUGCCUUAAUUCAAACCACUGUCUUGAAAGAAGCAGUUUCAAACAAGCUCCCCCCCUCAAGUUCUAUUUCCUGCUCUACAGGUUCAGAGGUCUGCCUUAAAGCUUGUCAAUCUUCUGUUAAUUUAACUCCCACCCCUGCCACACACACUGCUUUUACAUCCGUAACCCCCACUGAAAUGGACAUUUAUGACAACAAGAUACAAAACUGAGCAUUUGUACAUUUUUAAGGGGAAGUGUUGUUUUUUUUUUUUAUUUUAUUUUAUUUUUGUUUUUCCCUGUUAUUUCAAUCUAAUCUUGCAAGAAGAGCUUUUCUUGCAAUAUUUUUUUUUCCUUUUCUUCUUUUAAAAGAAGAGUUUUUCUUUUAAAGACCUCCUGGUACCUUUACCAGUCACCUCCCUGAAGGACAGCUGGGAGAGUUUGUCUUGAAGGACAAGCUGGACAACAACUAAACCAGGAUUUCAGCGCAAAUCCUUCCUGCGUGUCACCUCAAGAGCCCAGCCACCAUUUCCAUUUGGAGGUGACCACUUCUAUCCUACCUGUGGCUGCUUGGUCUCCCUCGCUCCUCCUGGCACUGGCAGAUUGUGGUUUGGACUUCUCCCUAGGCACUUCUGUAAAAUGACAGAGGCUGGAAAAAAGCAACCAAAGAAAACCAAACACAAACCCAAAGAGAGAACACCCUCCCUCCCCCAUCCUCCCCCUCCAAACCAAUCUAAUCCACAGUUCCAGAAGCUGGAGAGCACUAAGAUGGACGGAUCCCCAAGCCCGUGAAAGGCAGCCGGUAACAGCACUACCAGCGCUGCCCCUCCGGCCCAGCAUGGCCAUGCGGCAGCGACGUGCAGUGGCAGUGCUGGUGACCAUGGUGCUGCUGGGUGCCACCGUGCUGCUGGGCCGUGGCAGGUGGCGGACGGCAGGGCCUGGCAGUGGCUCGGCUGAGGGCAUGGUGCUGGAGCGGGUGUGUGGGGCGCUGCUGGCUGGGCAGGCCCCUGGCAUGCAGGGCGGUGGGCUGCGGCCCGCGACCAGGGGCUCAUCCUGCAGCACAUACGUGUUCCACAGCCGGUAUAUCACCCGUGCCCUGUCCUCCGAGGAGGCCGCCUUCCCCCUUGCCUACAUCAUCACCCUGCAUAAGGAGUUUGAGACCUUCGAGCGGCUCUUCAGGGCAGUCUACAUGCCCCAAAAUGUCUACUGCGUCCACGUGGACGGUAAGGCGCCGGCUGCCUUGCGGCAGGCAGUGUGGCGGCUGGUGGGCUGCUUCCCCAACGCCUUCCUUGCCUCCCACACUGAGCGGGUGGUCUAUGGCGGUGUAUCCCGCCUGCGGGCCGACCUGCACUGCAUGCGGGACCUGCUGGCCUCCGCCGUGCCCUGGCAGUACGUGCUGAACGUCUGCGGGCAGGACUUCCCCUUGAAGACCAACCGGGAGAUUGUCCGGCAGCUGAAGGGCUUCAGGGGAAAGAAUGUCACCCCUGGGGUGCUCCCGCCACCCCACAUCACUGCACGAACACGAUUCAUGCACCAAGAGUGGGAGGGAAGCAACAUUUCGGGGCUGGUCACCCCCCAGGUGCACAAAGCUCCCCCACCACACAACCUGACCAUCUACUUCGGCUCCGCAUACAUUGCAGUCACCCGGCCCUUUGUGAAGUUCGUGCUGAGGGACCGGCGUGCCAUUGACUUGCUGGCAUGGUCCCAGGACACCUACAGCCCCGACGAGCACUUCUGGGUGACUCUCAACAGGAUCCCAGGUGUCCCAGGCUCCAUGCCCAACGCGUCAUGGGAAGGAGACCUGAAAGCAGUGAAGUGGAUUGAUAUGGAAGAGAGCCAUGGAGGUUGUCAUGGCCAUUAUGUCAGAGGCAUUUGUGUGUAUGGAACGGGUGACCUCAAAUGGCUUUUUAACUCCACCUGUAUGUUUGCAAAUAAGUUUGAGCUCAGAACAUACCCACUGACUGUGGAGUGCUUGGAGCUGAGACAUCGAAAGAGAACCUUGUCCCAGAGUGAGGUUCAGGUGGAACCAAAUUGGUAUUUCUAGCUAGCAAAAAAAAAAAAAUCAGGCUACAUCAAUGAAAGUGAUCAGGAGAAUAGCAGCAAAUGUCUAAUUUCUGCCGUGCUGGUAACACAAAUUCAUCCACCAGGUUUCUUUAGGAUGUGUGGUAGCUACAGCUCAGUUCAGCUUGUCUCAUCCAGUCUGCAAAUCUAACCUUUGACUUAACACCCUGAGGCCAAAGUGUGAGAGAUCCAAAAGGAAGCACUAAGGCACAACCCCUCUUGCAGCUGCCCUGUCUGCAUUUUUGCCAUUUUUAAUGGGCUUUUUUUCCAGCCAUAACUUUUGUCUAGCUUUAGUGACAUUGCUACCUGUUUCUAUAAAAUGUGUAGAGAACCAUGCAUCACUGGCAUUUCUCGUACCUCAGUAAAAAACAGGAAUACAGUUGGUGGUCAUACAUAUAGAUGCUGUUUUGUCAAAGACAAAAUCUAGUGCAUAGAACCAUCAAGAAAGUACUGGAAAUAGAAUAAAGAUGCUGCACUGUCCAGAUCUUACCUGUUCUUUAAAUAUCUAUUGGGACAAGGUUUGUGAAAGAAAACAGCAUCUUUUGCUAGGUUAAUGAAUAUGGCUAGAAAAAUUUGAUAGGCAUGUGCAGAAGCCCUUCUUCAUGUCUGAAAAACAAGGGCUUACAUAUUUGUUUUAGAAGGCCAACCAAUAGAGCUGGAAAAACUAAACUAAACUAAACUAAACUAAACUAAACUAAAUUAAACUAAACUAAACUAGUCUCUAUACACAGAUUUUGGCCCACCUGUGUCCUUAGAUCAUCCCAUGUAGGACACAAAGUGAGGAAGACAGUGGCAAGACACAUAUUUUCAGGACUGGAAGAGGGUAACUGUGCUUUGGCAAUAACUCAGUAAUUCUGUGUCAUGUUUUGAUAUAGCCUGAGUAUUCUUCCCAAGUUACUUCCUUUGAUCUUAAACUAGUGGCUAAUACACAUACUUAACAUUAGGGUUCACUUCAUCCCAGCCCUAUUUUUAUUCCCCUUUAUUCAGCCACUAGAGGGAGGCAAUCAAAUAUGUGAGCUGAUGUUCCUUUCCAAGUCUACCUAAUGCUCUUCCAUGCACAGUUUAAACAGACUAGGCAUGCUGUAGAGAAAAAUCUGCAUUCAGGAAUAUUUUAGUAUGGCCAACAGAAGGCAAAAGUUACAGGUAUCAGUCACUGUGUCCUAAAAAAAACAAAGCAGGGAAGCAAAACUGUGAAUGCUUCUUCCUGUAGUGAUGACUGGUGGAGUUUAUGUGGUAUUUUAGCUGCACUGUUGAAUGGCCCAAGUCAGCAGCACUGGGGUGGUACAAAUUGGGAGUGAAUGUGCUGCUCUCCUGAACAAGCAAAGGUGGCUCAAAGAGGAGGUCUUGAAUAGCAGCAGUUUAACAUCCAACUUUAUUAAACCAUUGCUAAUUUCGGUUUUAACAAACUGGAUUGCAAACGGCAGCAGUUCAGAAAUGACAACACAUCAUAUUCAGAUGUCCUGAAGCAUGGUUGGUAACCCCCAGGCAUGGGUCUGAAAGGGCUGGAUCUGCUUCAGUCAGCUUGUUCUGUGUUUAUAGCUGUCAACACUUAAUAAUGCAGAUUUCUGCAGAAAGGCAUCAAGAGUUUAUCUCCACAGCAGGUUUUUGGUGGAAAUCCUACUCACUUUCUUGUGGAGGGAACUUGCUACCAUGGUGGCAGCUGAAGAGACAAGUCUUUUAAAGAAAGAGUUUUAAAGUGCCCAACUAAGAGUUCUGGAGCCAAAAUCUGCCCCCCCCUCCCCCCCCCCCCCCCCCAGGUUGUUCUGUCUAGCUGAAUAUCCCCAAAUUGAAAUGUUCCAAAUAAAAGACGAUUUCACAGUUUAAUGUGACUAUUUAAAGUAGCACAGAGUACAAACAAGGUUACAUUUCAGUUACAUUUCAUUGUUCAGACUCAAGAAAAUACAGGCAAAUGGCAAAAUAUCUCCCAGUAGCAGAAGCAAUAAGUUUGGCAGUUUGAAGCCACAGAUAUCAAAGGCUCCAAGCCUGAGCAAAUACAGAUGUUUUACGACUGUGUUGUAGUACUGGUUAUAGAAAGAACCCGGAAAAAAAUCAAAGGUGGUUAGUCUACUGGGAGACCUUGAUUUCGAGUUUGUUAUUGUUGUUUUUAAAUGAAUGCUACUCUUUGUCAUGUUUUUCUUGAAAUAAAUCGUUUUGUUUUCAUUGUGUGACUGAUUUUUGGGUGCAAAUCAUCAGCUUCUUUUCUUUUUAAAUGAAGACAGGCUGAGGGAGUUGGGGUUGU